AUGUCAAAGAUAACUAGCUCUAGUGGAUUUGUUCUUCACAAAGCACCAACCAAAGAUCUCAACUUCAAUCUUGAAGCUGAAGAUGCUACGUUUAAAUUAGUGGAAAGACCAAUUCAUGAAUUGAAAAAGGGAGAAUUACUCGUUAAAACAUUAUAUUUGUCCAACGAUCCAACCCAAAGAGUCUGGAUUCAGAAAGGUAUCAAAAGAGAGAAUUUGUAUGUCGAGCCAGUGAGGGAAGGUGAUCAAAUGAGAUCUUCAGCAUUGGGUGUUGUGGUAGACUCUAAAUCCCCCAAAUUCAAAAAGGGAGAUAUAAUCAAUGCAACUCUCAAAUGGUUCGAUUAUUGUGUUAUUCCAGAUUACUUGGCUACUCAUAAAAUCGAGGAUACCAGUAUCCCCUUGACCAUGUAUUUGGAUGUAUUGGGGGUCACUGGACUAACUGCUUAUUUUGGUUUAUUCAAAGUUGUCAAUUUGAAAGCAACCGAUACUAUUUUGGUUUCUGCCGCUAGUGGUGCCACUGGUUCCAUGGUUGUUCAAAUGGCGAAGAAAGUCAUUGGUUGUAAAAAAGUCAUUGGGAUCUCCGGUGGAGAUGACAAAUGUAAGUUUGUUGAAUCUUUGGGUGCUGAUAAAUGUCUCAACUAUAAAGAUGCAAAUUUCACUAAAAACUUGGCCACUGUUUUGGGUAAAGACAAGUUUGAUUACUUUUUCGAUGGUGUUGGUGGAAGAAUCUUGGAUUUGGGUUUGGGCUGUCUCAAAAACUUUGGUACCUGUAUCGCUUGUGGAGCAAUUUCUGGUUAUAAUGAUUUGGAAAAAUCAAAAAUAUCCAAUUGGUCUCACAUCAUUGUUAAACGAUUGAAUGUUAAAGGUUUCAUUGUUCUUGAUUAUGAAAAACAAUUCCAAAGGGCAAUUACAGAUAUCUUACAGUGGUAUAAAGAAGGUAAAAUCCAAAUCAACCAGUCAACCGUCACCGUAGUCGACUUAUCCAAGACCAAAGAUCAAUUUACAAAGGUUCCUCAGAGCUGGGGGAUGCUUUUCACCAGUGAUAAAGGUCCUGGUAAAUUGUUGACCAAGGUAGCUGAGCCAAAGCUCUAGAUUCUUAUGUGGUAUUUGGAAAAGAAAAAAAAAGACAAAUAAACAGCUCUAGAUUCUUAUGUAGUAUAUAGCAAUUUGACUCUUAUAUUAGC